AUGUCUACUUAUUUAUCUAUUUAUUUUAGUAAAACUCUUGAAAAAAGAAUCCCUGUAUCCUGGGAAGAUCAAUUGUCGAAUUUUCCAGAAGAAGUGAAGAUAAUAAAACGAAAAGAUUCACCUGACAACGAACAACCGCAGAAUUGCUGCGAAAAUUACCGAAUUCUUUCGCGGACACCGACAAGUAAACUUAUAUGGCGCCAAAUGACCAGGCCAUAUUCUGAUUCUUUAAGUGGGUUGACCACCACGGAAUAUAUUAACUCUUCUCUAGAGCAGCCGCUGCCUACAUCGGCAUCCUUCAUCAAAGGCACCAAGCUAAAAAAUGAUCUCAUGAAUCGGUAUGUCUUGCAUGGAGAAAAAUCACAGCGAACACUGACCGGCACCAAAAAACCGAAAAUGCAACAAGAAAUGAGUAGGACCCGAGGAGAACGGCCGAAAGCGACAAAGAAUGAAGUAGUAUCUUUGCAAAUAUGCAAAUUAAAAGCCCCUUCUAUUUUCACUUUAUCGACUGAACAACUGAAGACUUAUGAAACUAAAGCCGUGGAACAUGAUGUCCAAGACCAGAUGCUUUCAAAAAAGACACGGCCAAAAAAGAAAGACAAAAUCCCUAUCCUACCACUCGCACAUCCCAAGCCUUUCCCGAGAGAUCCUAAAAUCAUGGAAGAAUAUUUUCACAUUACAAAGAUGGAUACUUGGCUACCAUAUUCGUCUGACGAGAAUAGAACACGGAAAUCUCAUGAGAUUUUUGAAAAUCUCGCGGUUCACGUAAACAAUCAUGAUAGGAACAACAGCGCUGAAUAUAAAAAUUACUCCACGUCAGAGAAAGAAAAUAACACGGUGAAUAAUGCUAUGCACACCGAUAACUUAGAGAUCCAUGCUAUAACGCUUGCCAAGCCACCGAAUUUCAAGGGCUCGGAGGUUAAAGUAACGACGCGAGAGGUUCAAAGAAAAGCGACAUCAGUGAAGAACCUUCCAGUGAUUCAUUUUAAAAUUCCUUAUUGUGGAUAUUGGAAUGAGUGUGAAAUGCCGAACAGUGAAGAGGAUCAUCAGGUGACGGAAAGCAAUAAUCAGGAAAAACUGAAAUCUUCUGCUGAAUCCUCGACCAGGAAAAAAAUUCCCGACGGACGAGAUCAAAAGACAACAAAGUUUCAUUAUGAGCGACCGAAAACAAGAUAA